AUGGAAUCCCAGACAAAAGGACAUUCCGAGGCGAGACAGAGCGCCUCCAAGAAAUGUAUGGAAGGGCACCACAUCGAGAUCUCCUUGACCAUCAGCUGGACGUAUUUUGAUUCCGGUGACUUCGCCCUAUCGCAAGUCCAGAGGGGUUCCGAUAUUGGAAAAAUCAAGACUGGGACCCAACACCCACGCCGGGAGAGCAUAUCUCAUCCAAGAGCUCCUAUGCCAGGCUCUAUUAAUGUCGAUGAGAGCGCAAGCAAGGGUCUGCAAGAUCAGAAGAAAAGUAGCGAGGUUCAGGUUCAGAGCCACCUUCGUGAAAUGGCGCGGUCGGAGAAUGGGAAGUCGUAG